AUGUCUCUUGGAACUCUUUACAUUCGCGAAGGCAGUGGCAGAAAGACUGCUCCUCUCGCCAUCAUCAAGGCUCUUAACCUUGACGUCAAGGUUGUCACAAACCCUGAUGAGGACCCAGAGUUUAAGAAGAACUUCCCUCUUAGCAAGAUCCCUGCUUUUGUUGGUGCUGAUGGAUUUGCUCUCCACGAGCUUAUUGCCAUUUCCUACUACCUCGCUGGUCUUUCUGAAGAUGGAAGCAAGCUUAUUGGCAAGACUCUGAAAGAACGUGCUGAUAUUCUUCGCUGGAUCUCUUUUGCCAACUCCGAUCUUUGGGGAUCUCUCCGAGAAAUUAUUCUCCCCCUUGUUGGUCGUCUUCCUUACACUCCUGAAACUCACGCAGCUGCCAUUGCCGCUUCAGCUCGUUUUGUUGACUACUUCGAGGCUCACCUCGAGAACAAGAGUUACAUUGUCGGUGACCAUGCAACUGUCGCUGACUACGUGACUGUCGGUCUGCUUGAAGUUGCUUUCAAGACUAUCUGGGACAAGGAGUUUUUGAGCAAGCACAAGGGAAUCAAAAACUGGUUUGACACUGUGAUUAAUGAAAAGCCCCUUUCCGAAAUUUACGAGACUCCAUACAAAUACCGUGACGAGGCUCUCAAGUAUACCCCUAAGUAG